AUGGGUAAUACUGCUGCUGAAGGAGAUCAUUGGUUUUUUGCCACCUGCGAGAUGGCUUGUGUGAAUCCCGGCUUGCCAUUGCUGUAUCAUUGCCAUGCUCAUGUGCUCAUUAAUGUGAUUUUCUUGGAGAUUCUCUAUCGAAUUUUUGUGUUGAGAGUUGUAUCCUGUGGCUUCCUUUUUCCCUCUUCGAAGUGUUUCUUUGGCCUGGCUAAGAUUUUAGAAAUGCGUGUUUUGGUGUGUCGAGGCAGUGACAAGAGUGCACAAGAACUCUUUUAUUUACCAGGUUUCAAAAUGGUCCUAGUUUUCCUGUUGGCCAUGAUUAUAGUUUAUGGAAUGCUUUGA